AUGCAGGGGAUGGGGAGCCUGCGGCUGGGCAGCAGGGCAGUGAUGUACACGGCUGAGACCCUGCCCAAGGGCAAGAACCGAGUGAUGGGGACCAUCCAGAUCAUGACUGGCUUCAUGCACAUUGGCUUUGGGAUCGUCCUGACCACGCUGACCAACGUCUACACCUCUGUCUUUGUCAUUGGGGAGAUUCCCUUCCUGGGAGGAGUGUCUUUCAUCAUCUCAGGCUGUCUCUCCAUCGGGGCAGAGAAGAGCCCCACAGAGUGUGCGGUGAAGGGCAGCCAGACCAUGAAUGUCAUCAGUGCCAUCUUUGCUCUGCUGGGCAUCGUGGCCUUCAUCGUGGACCUCAACCUGAACGGCCUCUACCGCUCCAACUUCAACUACUACACUUACCUCGUCCUGCUGGCAGGGAAUGGGAUCUCCAUCGUGCUGCUCAUCUUCACCAUCCUGGAGUUCUGCAUCGCCGUGGCCACCGCCAACUUCUGGUGCAGGGCCACUCGCCUCAGCUCCAAUGAGGCCAUGCUGAUCGUCCCCAGUGCCACUCAAGCAGACCUGGCAGUGCCCUUGGCCGACCUGCCCCAGCCUCCCAGUUACACCGAGGUGAUCUACGACCCCAAGGAACAGCCCAGUUAG